UAUUGAUUGGUCGACGAGGAGAUGUAAAAAAUGGCUGCCUUGCCUUCUCCUACUCAGGUGGCAGGAACCCACAGUUCUAUUUACGAAGCUUAUUAUCACCAAGUGGACCCUAACGGGACGGGCGCUAUACAGGCGCUGGACGCCGCGCGCUUCCUCAAGAAGUCCCGCCUCAGCGAUGUGGUGCUCAGUAAGAUAUGGGAUCUGUCCGACCCCACCGGCAAGGGAUACCUGGAUAAGGCGGGACUGUUUGUGGCGUUGAAGCUGGUGGCACUUGCCCAGGCGGGCAAGGACAUCAACAUGAGCAACAUACACUCCGAGACACCGCCGCCCAAAGUCGGCGAGCUGCCCAAGGUGCCGCCGCCGGCCGCGGCGCCCGCCGGCGCGCCGCUGAGCGACUGGAGCGUGAAGCCGGCGGAGCGCGACAAGUACAGCCAGCUCUUCGACUCGCUGCAGCCCAGCAACGGACUCAUCCCCGGGAACAAGGUCAAAGGAGUGCUGAUGGAGUCCAAACUGCCGCUGGAGACGCUGGGCAAGAUCUGGGACUUAGCAGAUCAGGACAAAGACGGCAUGCUCGACAGGCACGAGUUCAUAGUGGCCAUGCACCUGGUGUACAAGGCGCUGGAGAAGCACGCAGUCCCCACCACGCUGCCCCCGGAGCUGCGGGCGCGCCCCGCCCGGCCGCCGUCCCGCCCCCCCUCGCGGCCCCCGUCGCGGCCCCCGUCGCGGCCGCCGUCCCCGCAGCCGCGCGCGCCGCCCCCGCGCCCCGGCCCGCCGCCGCAGCAGCCACAGUCCAACGCCUCGCUGCUCGAGGGCCUGCUGGAUUUGUCUAGUACGACGCUACCACGUGUCCAGCACGUGUCCGACGUGAGCCCUGCCCCGUCCCCGCAGCCCCCCGCGCCGGCCGCGCCCGCCGCGCAGGCGUGGAUGUCGGCGGCCGAGCGCGCCAAGUACGACGCGCAGUUCACGGCCGCCGACACCGACAUGGACGGCUUCGUGUCGGGCGCCGAGAUCCGCGACGUGUUCCUGCACAGCGGCCUGCAACAGGGCACGCUGGCUCAGAUCUGGGCGCUGUGCGACACGGAGAGCGCGGGCAAGCUGUCCCGGGAGCAGUUCGCGGCGGCCAUGUGCCUGGUGCAACGCGCGCUGCGGGGCGCUCCGCCCCCGGCCUCGCUGCCCCCGGAGCUGCUCGCCCAGCCCACAGCGCCGCCGCCGCAGCCGGAAAAACUCCUUGACGCCCCAAUGAAACCGGAGCACGUCAGCCUGGGCCCGCAGCCCACGCCGGAAAUGGAGGCGAUAGCGCGGGAAGUGGACGCGCUGGCGCGGGAGCGACUGGCGCUGGAGGCGGAGCUGGCCGCCAAGCAGAGGGAAGUCACCAUCAAAACCGGCGAAGCGGACAGUCUACAGAGCGAAUUGGAUACAUUAACAGCUACAUUAAAACAGUUAGAAAACCAAAAAGGCGAGGCGCAGAAAAGGUUAAACGAUUUAAAAACACAGGUGGACAAGCUGCGCUCGCAGGUGGCGGCGCAGGAGGCGGCGGCGGCGGACACGGAGGCGGAGGUGGCGGCGCGGCGCGCGGCCGCCAGCACGCUGCGGGAGAAGGAGCGCGCGCUGCACGCCGAGGCGGCGGCGGCCGAGGCCGAGGCCGAGGAGCUCACGGCGCAGCUCAGCAAAACCUUCCUCGCCGUUAGCCAGGUGAAGCUCAAGCUCAGCCACCUGGAAGAGCAGCACGAGGCGCUGGCCGCGGCGGCGGAGCAGCUGGCGGCGGGCGGCGCGGCGGCGGCGGGCGCGCUCGCUCUGCAGCCGCUGCACACGGAGCGGCACCUGCAACAGCUGCUGCGCGGCAGCACGCCCAACGACGCCGUCGAUGAUGAUUCGUUCUCAAAGAACGAGUUCGGAGCAAUGAACGGGGGCAGCGGGUUUGCUUCCGACCCCUUCAAGGACUCUGCUUUCUCUAACUUACCAAACAAUGACCCCUUCGCACCCACUUCUGGGAACACAAAUUCUGCAAAGGACGGCUUUGGCAACGACGCGUUCGCAUCGAACGCGGAUCCAUUUGCCGGCGACGCCUUUGCGCCCACCGAAGCCACCAAGCCCGCUGAUGGCGCGUGGGAGUCGGAUCCCUUCGCAGUGUUGCACGCGCCCACGCGGAACUCCGCGGCCGCGACGGGCGCCGGCGCCGCGGACAAGCGCCACAAGACGCCGCCGCCGCGCCCCGCACCGCCGCGCCCCAACCCGCCGCAUAAGAACCCACGCAAACCCGCCCUCGACUUCACGGAGGACCCCUUCAAAGACUACAGAUACGAGGACCCGUUUAACAUCGAGGACCCGUUCGCGGACGUCACCGACACGAAGAAAAUCGACCCCUUCGCGAGAUCUACCUCGGCCGCCGGCUUCGCAACCGAAGAUUUUUUCACCCCCUCCUCUAAUAUCAAUGGCCUCGCUAAACCAGAUAGACACAGUGGCAGAGUGUCCGCUCCACCAGUUCCCUACGACCCGUUCACGGCCGCUCAGUCCAAUAACAACGACACGUGGGCCGCUUGGCCGACGGACAACUGGGCUAUGGCGGAGGCGUGGGCAGAGCCCGCGGCGGACGCGUGGACCACCACGAACACGUCUAAAACAUCGAGCACUUCGAACACGUCCAAGACGGGUGGCUUCUCCAGCGACUGGAAGACCGACAAUUGGGCCAACAAGACCGACAACGGUUUGUCCGCCAAAACAGACAACUGGGCGACAGACUGGGACACGAAUGCCAACACGACGAAUAAGAACCUUAACGAAACUUGGCCGACCAAUACUUUGCCCAGUAAGAAGGAGAAGUCUCCGAAGCCGGUCAAAUACGCUAGGUCCCUAGUCAACACUAUAGGUGGUAUAGGAAGGACGAGACAUAAUAAGGAUAAAAAGGCCAAGCCGGUUGAGGCGAAAAGCUCAGCGAUCCCUUCAGAGGAGACUCAGUGGGCCUGGGCCGCGGCCGAGUCCAAGCGCUUGAACGAAGAGGCCGAGGCCCGGAGACAGCAAGAGGAUGCCGAGCUGCAACUGGCGCUAGCCAUCUCGCGGCAAGAGAAGUGACGGAAGCCGUCGCUACUCUCGGCCAAAAGACAUAGGCGCUUAAUGCGUAUUUAAAGAAUAAGAAGAGUGUGAUAGAGCUGUCACCUGUGAAUAUAGGUAAUAGUAAUGGCGUGCGCGAUGAAUCUUGCCGUAAGAAUGCUAGAAUCAUUUCGGUAUUUCACUGACAAUUUCAUUUCACUAACAUGGCCACCUCGAGAAAACUCACGUCGUGAAUACUACGGAUGUUAAUGACGUCCAGAAUGAAAAGAACCGCUUUCCUUGUCCUGCGAGUAUUUUCUGGACUCCUGCCUUGCACUUUAUGUCUUCGUGGUUAUGAUAGGCGACUGUCUUGAGACUGUGUUGAGAAUUUGAUUUCCUUCUAUUCGUCGAUUUUGUUAUAUGAAAAUUAUCCGCUAGUCAUUUUGUAAUGUAGCAUUUUCCAAGAACAAAAUUAUAGUUAACGAGCGAUUUGAAAUUUUAAGAAGAAUAUAACGUUUUCGUUCCCAAAAUAGAACUUUCAUUAAUAAGUUCAAAGGAAUUUAGUAGGUAACUACUACGGUAACAAAAUCGUUGUAUUUCUAAGUUGAACAGAAAUAAAUUAUUAUUUACAAUAAUGGCCUAAUAUUAUCUAAUAUAAUAGAUUAUGUACAGUCUUUAGUUCGUAUUAUUUUCUACAUACCUACAUUUUGUUCGUGUGUGAUUUGGGCAAAGGAGAUGGUACAUUGUGGAUUAUUGGUGUACCAUAUUUAAAAAAAACAUUCCUGAUUAUAAUAUCAAAAAUAUACUUAAUAUUAUAAUCAGGAAUUUGCCCAAGACUUUGCUACUUUGCCGAUACUCUUCAGCUGCAUAUAUGUAAAAAUGGGUGGGUGAAAAAAGGAAAACCAAAAGUCACGCUUCAAGUCAAAAUUAAAUGCUAAUAAUUUUGAUAUAAUUUAACAAAUACCAUUUAAUUACUCUUUGAUUGAUAUGUAUGACUUGACAAAAAGGAUACGGUAUAUCCACCGUGUAUAAUUUAUAGAAAUAGAUAUAAAUUACUUGCAGUUAAAUAGUUAUCAUAGAAGGAAUUUAGAUUGUUAUAACCAAGAAUUGUACAAGACUUGUUCUAACUUUCUUUAGAUUUUUGGCCCGUCUCCUUUUACCCAUUUCCGAUCUUGUUUACAGAAAAAAAGAUAUUAUGGAAUCGAAAAGAAUUUGCUUGUCAGAAAAAUGUGAUGUGCUGAUGUUUUGUACUAGACCUUCAGAUAGUAUGAAACACUUCACAAAAUUUCUGAUUCUGUACGGGGUAUGAAGAAAGUCGUCCAGAGUCAGACGUUUUCUGACAGGCGAAUUCUUGCUAUAUUCAAAAUAACUGGUCAAUAAUAGAAAACGAACUGAAACUUUCUAUGUGUACAAAUAAACAUUAUGUGCGGACCAGAUCUGGCGCUAUACCAUAUUUCCGUAUACAUCAGAUGUUUGUUUGUAUACUUCAAAUGAAACCACUAAACUUUGGUGCGAGUUGUUACCAACAACGUUUAUUUGUCGAAUUACUAUUACGUUGUCAAAUCAUGAACAUGGUUUGAAACUCACAUAAAGCCAUAUCUAUUAAAAGAAAGGUUAAAGUAGGCAUUUAAUUUAGUUAGUAUACAUUGUUAUGUAUUUGUUACAUUGAAUACCCCCAGCUAUGUUAAAGUGUUAUGAACCAUCUAUUAGAGUAUACAAACAUAUUUUAAUGUUAUU